AUGGCCACGCUGAAGCCGCCAGCCGCGCGGGUAAGGCCGCCAGGUUGGUCGGUAGUGAGUCGAAAGUCUUCUUCAUUGGGCAAUUACGGCAAAGGUUUCUUUUCGAAGCCGCUCUGUGGCAUCAACUUUAGUGCUCAGAAUCUUGCUCGGUCAGCCCGCCGCCUUCGUUUGUCGCCGAAAAAGAGGGGGGCGGCGGCCUCAGCCGCGGCGCAGCACGCCAAGGGCCCCGGCACUGCGUCCGGCAGCGGCGCAGCUGGCGUGGAUCACAUUUUCAACAUUUUCAAGGACGUUCCUGUGGAUCACAAAAUUCUUGACGACAACGAGUACCCUGCCUGGCUCUUCACGCUCGACAAACCCGAAAAAACCUACGGCGAACUGGCCAUGACCUUCCUCUACGGCGUGGGAAUUGAGACGGCGACUUUGGACGACUACCUGCGGUUCACGCGUUUGCACACGAAGAACCUGAUCAAACUGAACAACAUGCGCUUGAAGAAGUCCAAGCGAAGCUCCGUCAAGCCUCUCUUCUGGGAUGUGUAG